AUGAGUGAGUCUGGUUCAAUCAUGUUUUUUGAGCAGAGUGACCACGGGUCUGCGAAGAGUGCCGUGCCACCUAGUUCUCACUCUCAUAAAGAGGCUAUGAAGACUAGCAAACCUGUUCUUAAUAGACCACCACUACAUCAAUCAACCAGACGAGAUAUGCAACAUCCAGCGGUACCAUCACCAAAGCGUCAUCGAUCCAAUGGAACCUCUAAUGUUGUUGCAGCAGAGCACGAUGAUGCUGCUUCAGAUUACAGUGAGAGUAUUCAAUUUCACACAGAGGGUGCCUCCCGUAAUUUGUCUCUUGCAAGUAUGCCUGCACUUCCACCUGUUAAAUAUCCACCUUUGAAUACUGUUCAAAAUGAAUCCAAACGAGACUCAUGUGAUUCGAGUCGUAGACAAUCGGAUUACCCGAAAAUUGAAGGAGCUGAUGAAUCCAUUAACUUUCAUGUGGAGGGUGCUAAUAGUUCACAACAGCAGGAUGUAAUGGAACAGGCUGGAAUCUCCCGAAAUGAUAGCAUCAUGUUUCAUGUUGUAGAUGACCCAUUAAGUGAAGAUCCUGCCAAUAAGGUUUCAACAAAAGAGGAUAAACCUUUUGCUACCCCUAAAGAUACCUAUGGUCAUCAUGUUGAUAGUAGUGCCUCUACUAUUGUUUUUGAAACUGUUGAAAAAAGUGAAGCAAGAGAAGAAGAAGAAGAAGAAAAAAAAGGGGAAGCACCAGUAGUUUCGGACGCAGCUAAACUAGACUCUGUACCGCAUACAUCUACUCAAGCUCCAGUAGCUAACCCACCACUGUCAUCAUCAGUAACAGGAGUAUCAAUGAAGGAUAAAAUGGAGAAAAGACCAUCUUCAAGAAGAAAAACUCUUCCUCCACCUAAAGCUCAAGGUUUAUCAAGUACAGGAGAAAAAAAUGAAUUGGUUAAAGCUACUUCUAUGCCUGUUCUUAUUGGAUCAUCUAAGGGAAAGAAUAUUCCUUCCAGUGGUACUCAAUCCGCUACAGAAAGAAAUGAGACAAUACCUACUACUCCUCCUUCUUCAAAAGGAAAGGUAAAAUCAAAUUCUGUUAAGACCAAAGGGAAAAGUGAAGAGACUCUACAAGCCAAUGCAAAAGUGGAGACAAAAACUCAUUUUCAUGUAACAGUUCCCCCAAGCGUUUCUUCUGAUGGCGUUAAACCUCCAGUACGAAAGAGUUCUAUUGGGAACGGUAAGGAGGAACAAAAAAAAUUACAACCUGAAACAAAGGAUGAAAUGGAAUCUUCUUUUCAUUCAGGUGAAUCUUCUCCCCAUGCUGCGGGAGUAGCACCCGUACCAUACCCAAGCACUAUGAAUGGUCCAUCAGUACCCUCACUUUUUUCGUUAGAAGAUGGAAUUAUUCAAGCAAAGAUGUACACAGAACAUUGGAGAAUGUUUAACGAUAUUCAACGAGAGGAAAUUGCGGCUCUCGUCCGUCGUAUAAUAGAAGCACGUAAAGCGGAUACCAUUCCUGAAGUCAUGGAAGGUGUGAAUAGACGUCAAGCAACAGAAGCUUCUACACUUAGUGGAUUUGUGGAUAUAUUUAAUAGAAAAGGAACUCCGCAAGAUAACAAUAAUAGAAUGAGUUCAACACGUAAUGAUAUUCCAAUGCCUUCUAGUAGGGAUGUAUAUCCACAUAAAAUGCGACCACAACCAGUUUUGCGUACCUCUUCUUCACAGAACCUUUCAUCACCGACGCACAUUAUGCGUGAGAAAAAAAAACGUUCAAUUUCUUUAAAAAAGGACAUGCAAGCCUCUAGAAGGAAUAAUGUAGAUAAAGGGGUAUUCUCUUUUGGUGAUAAAUCUUCUCAGUGGAAUACUGCUGCUGCAAAGAUGGCUCAAUCCCUAAGUAUAGUCUGGCCUCCUAAAUCUAAAGAUGCACUCUUUUUCAUUACAGGUUCGCGUUUAACGCAGCAACAGUGUGAGGAGUUUUACGAAGCUGUAAUACUUCAAGCAUCAUCUUCUGAAAGAGUCCAUGCGGAAGUAGAAAGAGCGACAAAAGAAGUAGAUGCAAUAGAAGAGAAGAAGAAACGUAAUCCUAUGAGAAAGAAACCAGUACCUACACGUACAACAAUCUUACGAAAAGCAUUUAAUUUAAUAGAUGUGGAUCAGAAGGGGGUUAUUUUGGCUACUGAUAUUCCAGCUAUGAGGCGACUUCUUGAGGGAGAACGUCAGCGAAUUGAGGAAAUUGCAAAUGGUGGAGAAGCAUCCAAAACUGUACUUGGACGUGCGAGGAAUGAACAAAGAAUAUUAAAGGGUAAUAUAGAUGCGAGAAGACCCUUAGAGAGAAUUAAGGAAGAUGCUGCCUUUUCAUCUUCUUCAUCAUCUUCUUCUUCUACAGCUGCUAUUGUUUCAGAAUCUUUAUUGUAUGCAUUUGUAUUAGAUGUUAUUUUACCUCUUCUCACUGCCUCUGGUUUCUUAGAAUUUGAUUUUACAACAUUAGGACUUCUUGUGUUUGGUUCUGUGAGCUUAGGUGGUAUAAAUACAAAUCCUGAACUCAUUAAAUGGCGUGAGGCGGCGUUAAAAUUCUUUGAGGCUUUGGCAUAG